AUGCCCCCGAGCCUGCCCUCUAGACGGCCACGGAUCCGCAAGUCUCGAGGCCGGGGGUUACGGACGAAGAAUGGGUGCAUAACAUGUCGCAAGCGGCACAUGAAAUGCGACGAGGUCAAGCCAGUGUGUGGACCUUGUACCAAAAAGGACAAAUCCUGCGAGUAUCACCCGUCGGGACGUCGCAGCAUUGUGGCUCCGGUGUCAGCCCAGGAGGAAACCACGACCCCAGGCAUUGAUGAUUCUCAAAACGAUGCUAUUCCUGACCCGGUCACCUAUGAGCCGCAUGAGGCUGCAGGAGCAUCCUGGAACUGUUCGGACGUGGACGUUAACCCGCCGCUGCCGGUGCUGGACCAUCUGCCAGGGAGCGACCUGGCUGCAAGCCAAAGUCCGAUAACCUUUCAACAUGCUUAUCUGUCACCCUCUAAUGCAUCCUUUGCGGCGGUGCGAUGGUUCGGACUGCUGGCAAAUGAUGCCGCUAGAGAUAGUCCCCAGUUGUCGACAGCCCCGUAUCCCCAUGCAAGAGAGAGUAUCCCACUCGACCACUAUGGAACGGAUAGCCUGAACCAGCCCCGAUCGCUGCAAUAUGCGACCCAGUUACUGGAUAAUACCCUUGACAUUGACCCUAGUCAUGACCAGACAGGAGUCACUGCCACGGCAAGCAGUCCGUUGGAGGAGCAACUAAUCUGGCAGUCACGAGAGUCAAUCGAGCUGUUGCCGACCGAGCAGGCCCUGUUCGAACAUUUUGUCAAUCAAAUCCACAAUGCCGGCCUCAUGAACGCCAUACUUGCUCUCGCCUUCCGACAUCUAGCAUUAAACCCUCGUCUGGACAAUCAAGACAUGCCCAACAAAGGCGAAGCAGCUCUGCAAUACUACUACCAAACCCUCCACUAUGUGCAACGAGCCAUGCGUUUCUCCAGCUACAAGACCAGUCUCGAGCUUCUUGCAACUGCUCUUAUCAUUUCCGCUUACGAGAUGCUCGACAAUUCCACUAAUGACUGGGAACGGCAUCUCGAAGGGGUCUUCCUGAUCCAAAGAUCCCAGACCAUCCAUGGAGAAUCAGGAGGGUUGCAUUCGGCUGUGUGGUGGGCAUGGCUCUGCCAGGAUAUCUGGGCCGCAUUUCGUGAGAAACGCAAGACGUUGACGUUCUGGGUUCCACAGAAACCUUUAUCUGCAUUGCUACCGCAUGAACUGGCUAUGCGUGCAAUUUAUAUCACUGCGAAGGUGAUUAGCUACUGUGCCGAUACUACAGACGAGGAAAAUUUACAGAGCCGGAUUGAAGAAGCAAAUCGGCUUCGUACCAUGUUGGAGGAUUGGCAACAGCAUCUGACUGUUGAAUUUUCCCCGUUGCCGCUAGGCGCUCGCGAACAGUCGACGUAUUUCAAACCGAUAUGGAUCCGGCCUGCUGCAUCCGCUUUAGCCGUGCAGUUCUUCAACGCGUCAUACAUCCUCCUACUCGCCCAUGAGCCCAGUCUUGGUGGCCUGGAACAGUAUUUCCAGCGACAAAGUGCAAUCAAGCGGCACGUAGGGGAUAUAUGCGGAAUUGCCAUGAUGUUAAAAGAUAGUGAAUCUAGCUUGAUGUCAUCACAAGCUCUCUUCAUAGGU